UCCUGUUCUUGGAAACACUGAGCGGAUUUUAUUCGGGACAGCACAGGAAGAUGAAGUUGUGGGCUCUGCAGGGAUUCACCCUGCUCCUCAGCACCUCUACAUUUGUACAAAUGUUCCCUUCAGUGACUGGAGCUGAUGGAACAAGUACAACUAUGCCAACAAAUGCAGCAACAUCAACAACUGUGACUGAUAAAACAAAUACAGCAACGCCAACAACUGUAACUGAUAAAACAAAUUCAGCAACUUCAACCAUUGUAACUGAUAAAACAACUUCAAUAACUUCAGCUCCCACAACAAAUAUAAUUUCAACAACCUCGACUGAUUCAAUAACGAUAGUUCAAGAUGUACACUGUGCUGGAAAGCAGGACUUUGAUCCAUGUGAUAAUCCUGAAAAUGCUGGUUGCAAAGAAAAUUCUAAAUGUUCCUGUAAAAAACAGAAAUAUUUCUGCAGAUGCAACAACGACAAAGAGAAAUGGUACAUAGGAGAGGACUGUGAGCAGGAAUGGACUGUCCUAACCUUUGCCCUAGUGGCCUCGCUACCUGGCGUGGCUCUGGCUACAGUAGUCGGUGUGGCAGUUCAUUGUGUUCACCAUUCCAGGAAAAAAGGACCAGCAGCCAGCGUGGAAAGUUCCAAAACGCAGAAGGUUGACCCAAAUCCAUCUUCCAGUAAAAAGGAAUCCAGCCCAAUGGACGAUUACUCAAAUCUAGUGUUUGCCUCUGACCUGCAGAAUGGCCAGAAGCCUCAGCCAGCCAGCAGGUCACCUCAUGACAGCAUCCCCAUGGCAUCGCAGCCAUACAGUGCAUACAGGAAUCCAUCUUACAGGAACCCCUAUGCCAGUUCCCAACCAAGCAGGAACCCGUACAGUUCACUGGACAGAUACGAUGGUUACAAGAAUCCCAUAGAACCCCCUGGUCUGCAAAAUAGCGUAGCGAGAGGAAAUCAGUCUGGAUAUCAGCAAGCAGGUCCACCCACACCACUGUACUCCUCUCCAGACUACGACAGCUCCAGGCCACAGUUUCCUCGAGUCCAGAUCGGCAGACAGUAAUGAUGUAAAAGGGGCUCCCAGAAGGACGGUGGUGUGUCGCUGAUCAAUUUCCAUACUGGCACCCCCUUUCCUAAUAAUCUCAGCAGAUUUUACCGGUAAUCAGCAGGAAGGAGAGCCUGUGAGUAACGAGCAGUAGUCACUAGCUACCUAACGAGUAGGUAGCCAUUCUGAAUAUCUGUUGCCAGAGGAACUAGAAACUGUGAACAUAAUUCAUCAUUCAAAAGAAUGUACCCUGUUGACCGAAUGUACACUGCAGUUAUGCACUUAACAUAUUUUCUCUUAACAUUAAUGAAACUAAAAUAUUAGGCAUCACUGCCAUUUACAGGUGAAAUAUAAAAUAAAAUGCAUAUCCGAUUUAAAAGUGAACCAGACACCAGACCAGACGUGUCUCGCCCAGUGUGAUUUAGCAAUAAAUCUGAUUAUUACGCAAUAACAAAAUGUAUCUUUAAAAGAUUAUCCACAUAUUAAAUGACUGGGAUAUCGCAUGCACCUAGUAACAGAUACAGCACAGCUGAUCCUAUUUUACAUUAAGAAAAAUUACUUUGUGGGCCACAAAAAGCUGUUUCAGCACAGCUGUUUAGCACUGAAGUUAUUAGACCAAUUUUAUUUCCCAAACCUAACUUCUACAAGCAGACAAGCAGUAUGGCAUAGCGCACAUGGUAACUUAAAAUCCUGUUUUUCAACCACCUUGUGGUCCAAUCCUUGAAUUAUUCAAUUGCAUUAAAAGACUUGAAUGUGGAAUGUGAAGAUUUGUGGCUUGAAUGGAGGGUGGUCGAGAAGUGCAAAAGAUCAGAAGGAUUUUGAAAGAUUCUAUACAGAGGAAUGGUUUAUCAAGUUUUUGUACUUGAGAAGGAUGAGUGCACAAAGUGUUUAAAACAGGACAGCCAAUAAUUUGACACCUAACUUUUUGGCAGCUUAUUGAAAUAAAACCACAAAAACCCACAGACACUGCAGCACCCUGGGAAUUCAGUUUGAAACCCCUGUGGUAAAUCGACCUGAAUUUUUGUUUACUGUUCAAAAUCAUCUUUGAAAUAUUAGUUACAAUUUAAGUUCCAUUAACAGUUGUGAUAGAAUCAAUGAAUCAAUUUUGAAUUAUAUACAACCUGUAUAUCAAAGAAUAAAUAUAAAUACUGACUAGAUUGCAAUAGGAUA